AUGCAUUCUUUCCAAUGGUGUGGCUUACAAGUUCAGCGAUAUUUUUAUCUGGGUUUUCCAAAGAUAUCUUAUGGUGAAGUUUAUUUGGCCUUGAGUUAUCUACCAACAGCUGAACGAUUGACAAUUAGUGCAUUGAAACUAAGAUGGUUUUUUAAAGUGGAUAAAACCGAAAGAACUGAUGCUCUUUUGACGUUUACAUUUUUUCAUGAUGGACGACGAUUUUAUCAACAAAAACUCGAUCCUGUUCAAAUAUUGGAUGAUGUAAAAGAUAAAGAAUGCGAAAUGAAAACUAUCGUAACAAGUUCAGUUCCAAAAGAUGAUAUUAGAAAUAUAAAUUUACAUAUUGGUUUUAAUAUUUAUCUUUCUAUAUCAAAAGAAUCAAUUAAUUGUGGAUCAAUUGUUCUUGGAGAAAAAACACGAUUUGAAGUGGAUUGGACACGAAUGAUUGAUCAACCAAGACAAGUACAUAAUGCAUGGUAUCCACUCUACGGCUAA